GUUGGUCGCCUAUCGAUUUAUUUCUGCUAAUUAUUUACGCAUAUCCCCGCAAAACGAUCUCUAUUUUGGUCCCCACUCCACCAUUCAAGCAUUUCUCCAUAUGCUGCACGAGACGAUCCUUUGCUGAUGCCGUCCGGCUGAACUGGGGGGCAUCCCAGCCGUUGGCCCUGUCAUCGGCCAGGCUCUGUUCUCACCAGAAAAUGUUAUGGCCGCGAAUUGACAAAUCCAGGCCGAUUCGAUGAUGAUUCGUGGCUGAUCCGAACAUCUAUUGCGUGGAUCUUGUAAACUCAUGCCGUCGAAGGGUAACUAUGAGCAGAAACGACCUCAGGAGUGAGCAAUUUGCUGCAGCAACUGGACACCUCAACGCUGCUGAAAAUGUAGCAAUGGCGCAAUGGUUUUUACCAGGACGACAAUAUAAAGCAGCCCGAUUUGACCUUCAAGAAUCCAAAUAUUCAAUCUUUAGACUUCAAACCAGCGAGCUACAAGAUGUGGCACUCCACUCCUUACUCGCAAAGCCGCUUUGCUUUGCUUUUCCAUCUUUUCUUUGCUCUUUAUCUUUCUCUCACAGCUGCGCUGCCUCUGUCUUCAGACACGAAUCUGACCAAAGUUCCUCUCGUUUAUAACCCCAAAUAUGAAAAAAACGGCACAAAGUCCUAUGUCUCUCUCUUGACAAAGUACAGCUUUGCGCCAACCAAAGAGGGCCCAUACUUUAUCACCGACCAAGUCAACGAACAAGGCAAACAUGGCGUGCUCAAAAAGGUUGGCGGUCGCGCCCAGGUUCGCAGAAAUGUCCUACGGAAGAGACAGGACAAUGGCCAGGCCGGUGAAGUUCCUGCGGAAGACCAGCAGAAUGAUAGCAUGUAUCUCGCGCCGGUGAAAAUUGGUACACCUGGACAGAAAUUCAUGCUGGACUUUGAUACCGGUUCUGCCGAUCUCUGGGUGUGGUCUACGGAGCUCCCUAGCUCACUUCAGUCUCAAAGCUCCAAACACAGAAUCUUUAACCCUGACAAGUCUAGCACCUAUAAGAAUAUGGAUGGAUACACUUGGAAGAUUCAGUACGGCGACUCGUCAUCAGCCUCUGGUACUGUUGGAACAGACAAUGUCAACCUUGGCGGUUUGGUCGUCAAGAACCAGGGCAUCGAGCUGGCCAGCCAACUUUCUCAACAAUUUGCGCAGGGCGUUGGUGAUGGUCUUCUCGGCUUGGCCUUCGGCUCUAUCAACACUGUUCGACCUCACCCUGUAAAGACCCCAGUCGAGAACAUGAUUGAACAAAAGGAAAUUCCCCCGUCCGCGGAACUCUUCACCGCCAAACUUAGCUCCUACCGGGACAAUGAAGAUUCCUUUUACACCUUUGGCUAUAUUGAUCAGGACACGGUUAAGGCUUCAGGCCAGGAUGUCUAUUACACGCCCGUCGACAACUCUCAGGGCUUUUGGAUGUUUGGCUCUGGCUCGGCCACGGUUAACGGCAAGACUAUCAACCGUAGCGGCAACACCGCUAUUGCGGACACCGGAACCACACUGGCCCUCAUUGACGACAACACCUGUGAAGCCAUUUACAAUGCUAUUCCCGGCGCGAAAUACGACCAGACUCAGCAGGGCUAUACUUUCCCAAAGAGCACUUCAGCCGAUAAGCUUCCCACAGUUAGCUUUGCCGUUGGUGGCAAGCAAUUUUAUGUUCAGAAGGAGGAUCUUGCCUUUGCUGAUAUUGGUAACGGUUACGUCUAUGGAGGCAUUCAGUCGCGCGGAAGCAUGUCCUUUGACAUUCUUGGUGACACGUUUUUGAAGAGCAUCUAUGCUAUUUUUGACCAGGGAAACACCCGCUUUGGGGCAGUCCAGCGCGUGGUACAAGGAAUAACUCAAAUACCACACAAUUUCCACCAAAAAAGGGCAAAAAGUUAUGCGUCGACCGGAAUCGAACCUGGGCUUCGUCGAUGGCAACGACGAAUUUCACCAUAA